AUGAUCCAGGGUCAUCUCGGCCAACACGAAUCUCCAGAAGUUCCUCUUAACGUUGAUGCUGAAGCAUUCAAGCUGGACUGGCCCUCGUCUAGAGACAUCACGCCUCAAGCCACAGUCGACAUCCCCUCCCUAGACUAUGCUCUCUAUCUCACGAAUACGGUCAAGUUUCAUCUUGGGCAGACAUACCAUCUCUUUGACGAGGAAAGCUUCAUGACUGGGCUUUACGACCUCUACAGAACAGGACCGAAGCUGGAACCGACGGCAGAUUCUAGGUUGUGGUAUAUCCAGUUCCUCAUCAUCAUGGCUUUCGGCAAAGCUCUUUUAGUCCCUGGAAACCCAAAUCAAACUCCUCCUGGGAGUGGUUUGGUGACGAGGGCCCUCGAGCUGCUUCCUGAUGUCCAUGGAUUAUACCAAGAUCCUGUCCUCUCCUCAGUAGACCACAGGAACAGUGCUUAUACCUAUAUCGGCCAAGCAUUUCGUAUUGCCAUUUCGCAAGGCUUACACCGAGAACCAUUAAGAAACCAACUUAACGACAGUGAGGCUAACAGACUCCGCUGCGUCUGGUGGACCUUGUAUAUCUUAGACCGCAAGAUGUCAUCCCUCAUGGGCGCUCCCAAUUCGAUACAAGAUAGCGACAUCACCGUUCAACUGCCAAGAUCAGACCCGGUGGUUCACAAGUAUAAGGCACUCGCAAUCCACGUUGUCUUGUCUCAGCUGCUUGCCAAGGUUUUGAAUACUGUGUAUGGCGUAGACGGAAAACUCGAUCCCUCCUUUCUGAAGAGUGUCCAGGAAGUUUUAAGAGACAUGGCAAGACUAGCGCCUCAGCUUACGGCCGGGUUCGAGUUCAAGUUCAAUAACUCUGAGCCUGCGUCCAGGGUUUCCGCCACACUUAACUUAUGUUAUCAUCAAUGUGUCGUUCUUGCCACACGCCCAAUCCUCAUGUGUCUCUUACAAGACGUUCUAGGAAGGCGAGGAAAUGUGAACAGAGGCCUAGCGAGCCCAAUCAAAGCACUCUUGAAGACAUCGUCAGAUUCGGCAAACAAAUCACUUCGGAUUCUGUCAACAUUGCAGUCACAGCACCUACUAGAAUGUUUCCUCCCCUUUGACUUGGAGCAGGCGUUCUCAUCGGCUUUUAUUCUCACUUUGAUGACCUCCAUGCCAGGUCUUUCCGAGCGAGAUAACAACUAUAUGCAAACUACUACUGAUAUACUCGAUACCAUGAUCGCGCGCGGUAACGUUGUGGCCCGGUACCGGAAGGAAGAGCUCGAAAAGCUCCAAGAGAUGCUGUGUCUCGCUCAACGCCAACUUCACGCUCCACCGUCAGUUGCCGGUGACGGAAGCAGCAGUAUGCAGGCUGAGAAUCAGUCUUCACUGCGCCGGAACGCCGGAGAACUGUCAUCAUCGACCGAGCAACCCACAGAGGCCGGCCCGGCUACUGGCAGCACAACAAAUGGGCUCGCUUCAGAACAAAUGCUGUCCAUAGCGGGCUUGCUCGAUUGGGAACCGAAUAUGGCCGCUUUCGACGACGAUCAGCUCGCGGGGAGUUGGUUAUGGACCGAGGCCAUUGCCCCGGAUUUUGAUUUUAGCGGGGGCUUGCUAUGA